UUGCAGAAAGUUGCUGAGCAAAAUCCCCUAAAGUGCAGAGCAAGCGCAGACUGAGACAUAAGAUGGACGCACAGUUGAUUAAGAUCAAUGGAGAAAAUGAAAAACAGCCUGUUGUCGGAAAAGACACCAUUCGGAAGGGCUCCAUAUACCUGGAGGAGCAGAUUAACAAGUCGGGCGUGGUGUCCUAUAUUUUCUCCUUGAAAGAUGGGGUGGGAGAGCUGGUCCGAACCCUCAGGCUGUUCGAGGAAAAGGGAGUCAACCUGAGGCACAUCGAGUCACGUCCGUCACACAUGAACAAGGACGAGUAUGAGUUCUUCAUCAGUGUCGACAUGGGAUACGCCGAGGCCCUGGACGAGGUCAUAGACAGCCUGCGCACCCAUAUCAUCGGUCAUGUGCACGAGCUGUCACGCAACAAGCAGAAAGACAAAUUGCCCUGGUUCCCCACCAACCUCCAGGACCUCGACCGAUUCGCCAACCAGAUCCUGAGCUACGGGUCCGAGCUGGAGGCUGAUCACCCUGGAUUUAAGGACGAGGUCUACAGAGCCAGACGUAAAGAGUUCGCUGACAUCGCCUACAACUACAGACAUGGUCAGCAGAUCCCACGUGUCGAGUACACAGAAGAGGAGAAGACAACAUGGGGAACUGUGUUUAGGGAGCUCAAGACCCUGUACCCGACUCAUGCAUGCCACGAGCACAACCGCGUCUUCCCCCUGCUGGAAGAGUACUGCGGCUACCGCGAGGACAACAUCCCGCAGCUUGAGGAUGUCUCCAACUUCCUGCAGUCAUGCACCGGUUUCCGUCUGCGCCCAGUGGCAGGGCUGCUGUCCUCUCGAGACUUCCUCGCUGGUUUAGCCUUCCGAGUGUUUCAUUCCACCCAGUACAUCCGCCAUGGAUCCAAGCCUAUGUACACACCUGAGCCAGACAUCUGCCAUGAGCUAUUGGGACACGUUCCUCUGUUUGCGGACACAAGUUUUGCUCAGUUCUCACAGGAAAUUGGACUGGCAUCUCUUGGAGCCCCUGAUGAAUACAUUGAGAAGCUGGCUACAGUUUACUGGUUUACUGUAGAAUUCGGGCUUUGCAAGCAAGGCAGUGACAUGAAGGCCUAUGGAGCAGGUCUACUCUCAUCCUUUGGAGAACUACAGUACUGUUUGUCUGACAAACCAACACUCUUGCCCUUCGACCCAGAGAAGACUAGUGUGCAGAAAUACCCCAUCACUGAAUUCCAGCCAGUCUAUUUCACUGCUGAAAGUUUCGAGGAUGCCAAGGAGAAAGUCAGGAAGUUUGCAGCCACCAUUCCAAAACCAUUCUCUUUGCGCUAUAAUGCCUACACUCACAGCAUCGAGAUUCUUGAUGACACAAAAAAACUGCGCAACUUGGCUGACAGCAUCAAUUGUGAGGUUGGGAUCCUGUGCAACGCUCUGCAGAAGAUGGAGUAGAACAAGCACAGAAACAUGGAUAAGAUACUGAAAAUGAGGGUUUAAUAGAUGACAAAAUGUCAAAUUCUCCUGAUGAUGUUUAAACCCUACCCUGUGCUCACACGAAGAGAAGUUUAAUAUGAAGCAUGCUUGUAUCUUGUAUUUUAGAACAUUUUUAUAUCCUAAUAUUUAAGCUUUAGUUUGUAGGCUAGAAUAUCUGUAUUAGUUGAUGUAGAUGAUAACAUCAUGGUUAUUCGGAUGGACUAUUAAAUAAUGUGCAUGCAUUUAUCUUUGUAAUAGUUUGGAAGAUGUUUAAGCCACUUUUGCAUCUUGUCUUAUGUGUCUUAACAUUUGUGUUGUUUUUUAAUAGCCUUCAUCAAUAUAGUCAUUUGUAAUGUAGCUAGGGGUCAUUUUUGUUAACUACUAUUAUUAUUAAUUAUUUAGUCUUGUAGUAUUACUUAGUCUUAGUAUUAUUGACGAAACUGUUCUUUCUUUUACAAAAGAAAAAAAGGGGAACUAUUAGUUACAAUUCGGCUAUAUUACUUGGUCUAAUAAUUAUAUUAUG